GGAAUGUCAAUGAGCCUCAAUGGGCUGCACUCAGCGCCUUAAUGAGCUUCUUAUAAAAACUGCUCGGGCUACCAUCGUGUAGUCAGUGGCCUCAGCUUCUCUAAAACAAACAUGCUUUCGCUCUGGGCUUUGGGGCUGGUCCUGAUGGCAGCUGUGACGGGACAGCAACAGUCAGCCCUUCAUGAUGGGAUCGCUCACUCCUGCGGCAAUACGACCCUGACUGUGUAUGUGUCGACGGAUUUCUUCAGCCACUUUAAUGCCGCGGCUUUCCGCCUGGGAAGCUGUCCACCCAACAGCUACUCUCCAGGAGAACUCAGCUUCCAGUAUGGGCUACAAGAUUGUCGAGCUGGCAGGCUGGUGACUGACAAGGAGGUAGUUUACUGGAACUACCUGAAGUAUGAGGCUAGUCCAGUGCCCGGAAGGAAAGAACCACAGCUCAACAGACGCCUGGAAUGUCGCUAUCCGGUGGAAGAAGUACCUGUACCUCUGACAACAUUUCCUUUAACUGGUUUUCUGGGUGGAGAUGGUAGCUUGGACUUUACCAUGAAAAUCAUGACUGAUGACUGGGCUGCUGAGAGGCCAGAUACUCUGUUCUUCCUGGGAGCAUCUAUUAAUUUAGAAGCAUCUGUCCUUGCCACACACCAUCAAGGCAUCCAUCUCUAUAUAGAAGAAUGUAUUGCUACUCCAACAAGCUCACUAGCUGAAUCCCCAAAGAAUUACACCAUCAUAAAUAACUAUGGAUGUCUUAUCGAUGGAAAAACUGGGAAUUCAAAGUACUUGCCCAGAAUGAAGGAGUCACACCUUCGACUUGUUGUGCAGGCAUUUAAAUUUCCUGGUCUGGAGAGUACUGAUAUUUAUAUACACUGUAAACUUGUAGUAGCAGAUCCAAGUUGGAAUGAACAUCAGUUGCACAAAGCAUGUUCAUUUAAUCAGCAAACUAAAAGAUGGCAGCUUUUGGAUGCCCCAUUGCAAAGUGCAAAGUGUGACUGUUGCAAUGCAAUCUGCCAGCCUGCCCAAACUCGUCAGAAACGAGAAUUAAAAGCUGGUGUUUUCAGUUUGAUGAAAGUUGGUCCAGUGAGAGUAAACACAAAUCAAUUAAGAACUAGAACUUCAGAUAAUCAAAAGGUUAUGCUUCUGGCUACCCCACUGCUGGCUUGCUUUUUGGGAGUCCUGCUUCUAAGCCUGUACAAAUGGAAGAUCCAGCAUCUACACAAGCUGGAGAAGAUUACUGAAGCAAGUAAAUGAGAUUUCAAAAUAAAACUAAUUUUGCAACCUUGUGCAAGUUUGCAAAGUUAAAGGUUUUUAUUCUAUGUAGUAAAACCCAAGGGAAUACAGCAAGUGGAAUGUGAACUUUCUCAAAUCACAGGCAAUAAAGAAUUAGUAUUUGCUGACAAUCCACCAUUUUGAGUUUUUCAAGGUUCAGGAGGGUAAAGCAAGAAAAGUGCAAUGGUAGUAAUAGCAAGAUCAAACCUGACUGAAGUAUUUUUGUUCUUGAUAUGGAAGGAAAUUUAGGCUGAACACAAAGAUGGGCAUCUCAGUAAGAUUGAGUUGGCUUAAUGUGAAAUUAAAAAAAUUUCCCUUUGACAGGGAAGAGAUUCCUGGCCUGAAGUCAUAGGCUUAAGCUGCCUUUGGG